AUGACAAAAGCCUUCUUGCCACAAAUGAAAUCAAGGAACCAUGGCCACAUUGUCACCAUUGCAAGCGCACUUGGACUGUUCACCACAGCGUGUGUAGAGGAUUACUGUGCCAGUAAGUUUGGUGCUGUUGGUUUCCACGAAUCACUAGCACAUGAACUGCGAGCAGAAAACAACGAUGGCAUCAAAACCACUUUAGUGUGCCCCUACAUUGUUGACACAGGGAUGUUUGCAGGCUGUGAGAUCAGGAAAGAGAUUCAGAGUUUGAUUCCUCCACUUGAGCCUCUCUAUACGGUGCAGCAGUCCAUGAAAGCCAUAUUAGGAGAGCAAGAGAUGGUCUGCAUUCCUCGUAUAAUGUACAUCCCCUUCAUCGCAAGAGCGGUGCUGCCUUGGGAGGCCAACGUUGUGACGUAUCGCUUCAUGGGAGGUGAUAGAUGUAUGCUGCCAUUCAUCAAGAACACUGAGACGAAGACAUCAAAUGGCCACAUGAAAUCCCCCUGAGUCUUUUGUGUUUUUGAAUGGAAUUAAGUAAAUGCCAAGGAU